GCGACCCCUUCCCAGGGCGGUGAUUGGCUAGUUGAGGCUGAGGGGAGGCCGACAGACGUCUUGCAGCUCAGUCACCAGCUCCCCCUCCCACCUGGGUGUUGGGCGACUAUCUGUGUGAGGACGCGGGAUUGGUCCGUCGCCUCCCGCGAGGGGUUGGGGAACUGAGUAGCGCGCACUCGCGCGUGCGUGAGCUGGCGCGCGAGAACGGGCCCGGUCGCGCCGAGGCUCGAGCGGCCGUCGCCAUUUUGUAGGGUUCUCUCUGACGCGGGAGCCGCCGCCACCACUGCCGCUACCCGGAGGCUCUUGUCAGGAUGGUGAAGCUGUUCAUUGGAAACCUGCCCCGGGAGGCCACAGAGCAAGAGAUCCGCUCACUCUUUGAGCAGUAUGGGAAGGUGCUGGAAUGUGACAUCAUUAAGAACUACGGCUUUGUGCACAUAGAAGACAAAACUGCAGCUGAGGAUGCCAUCCGAAACCUGCACCACUACAAGCUGCACGGGGUGAACAUCAACGUGGAAGCCAGCAAGAAUAAGAGCAAAGCUUCAACCAAGUUACACGUGGGCAACAUCAGUCCCACUUGUACCAACCAAGAGCUUCGAGCCAAGUUUGAAGAGUAUGGUCCAGUCAUCGAAUGUGACAUCGUGAAAGAUUAUGCCUUUGUACACAUGGAGCGGGCAGAAGAUGCAGUGGAGGCCAUCAGGGGCCUUGACAACACAGAGUUUCAAGGCAAAAGAAUGCAUGUGCAGUUGUCCACCAGCCGGCUUCGGACUGCUCCUGGGAUGGGAGACCAGAGUGGAUGCUAUCGGUGUGGGAAAGAGGGACAUUGGUCCAAAGAGUGCCCAGUAGACCGUACAGGGCGUGUGGCAGACUUUACUGAGCAGUACAAUGAACAGUAUGGAGCAGUACGCACACCCUACACCAUGGGCUAUGGGGAAUCCAUGUAUUACAAUGAUGCAUAUGGAGCACUCGACUACUAUAAGCGCUACCGGGUCCGCUCUUAUGAAGCGGUGGCAGCGGCAGCUGCUGCUUCUGCAUACAACUAUGCGGACCAGACCAUGUCUCAUCUGCCUCAAGUCCAGAGCUCAGCUGUGACCAGUCACCUCAACUCCACUUCUGUUGAUCCCUAUGACAGACACCUGUUGCCGAACUCUGGUGCUGCUGCCACCUCAGCUGCUAUGGCUGCCGCUGCUGCCACCUCUUCCUCCUAUUAUGGAAGGGACAGGAGCCCACUGCGUCGUGCUGCAGCUGUGCUCCCCACAGUUGGAGAGGGCUACGGUUAUGGCCCAGAGAGUGAGCUGUCUCAGGCUUCAGCAGCUGCACGGAAUUCCCUGUAUGACAUGGCCCGAUAUGAACGGGAGCAGUAUGUGGACCGAGCACGUUACUCAGCCUUUUAAGAACUGGAGGUGUGAACCUCAAAUGGACUGAAUAACCCUGAGUUGGUUGCAGUCCCAGGAGUCUGAUGUUAAUGAGGCUGCCAGGAUGAAAUACAACACAACUGUUGGGGAUCCAAAUUCGGGUCUCACCCUAGCAGAACUGAUCAAGAACGUCACAACUUUUGAAGUCGAUUGGCACAGAUCAAGACCAAGAUUUGGCCCUUUGUCUGUAAUAAGUAGAGGAACUUGGUGUGAGUUAACUUUUUUUUUCCCCCAGCCAUUGAUGUCUGGAGUUUCCAUCAUCACUGGAAGAAUUAGAGAAAUCUAGCAGUGAUUUAUUUCUUCUUUUGAGUUGGCAAGGGAGCUUUGGUCAAUUUGGGGAACUACUGGAACAUGUGGCUCUAAAUUUGUGACAGUGUGACAUGUAGAUGUAUUGGAAAUGAUUGAGUAACCGACCACUCCUUGAGACUAUCCUUUGUGACUGUGAUUUUUGGAAAUUUGUUUAUGUGGAAGAUUAAAAUAAAAGGAAACACACUUAGAAUGAUAUAGUUAGGCUGGGCAUGGUGGUACACACCUGUUGUAGUCCCAGCUACCUAGGAGGAUCAUGAAUCACUUGAGCCCAACAAUUGGGGCCAGCCUGGGGAUCUUUACCCCAAAAAAAAGAACAGUUGGGGCCAGGGGUUUAGCUCAGUGGUUCCGCCGCCUGCCUCACAAGCGCAAGGACCUGAGUUUGAUCCCCGGUACCAAAAAAAAGAACAAUUGGCCAUAUUUGAAAUCUUAGCUUCUGUUUUUCCUGGACCUAAAAAAUAAAUUGUAGUUCUUGAUACUGUGUGUAUGCCCAUUGUUGGCCUAACAGCCUUCUAUCCCAGGUUAUUUUGCUUAAAAGAUAAGUGUCAGCUAAGCAUGGUGGCUCAAGCUUGUAUUUCUAGCAGUCUGGGAGGCUUAGGCAGGAGGAUUGCAAGUUCAACCCCAGCCUAGGCAACUUUGUGAGAUCCUGUAUCAAAAUAAUAAAAGGGCUGAGGAUGUAACAUAUUCAUUGCAAAGGCCCUGGGUUCAAGUCCCAGUAGCACAAAAACAUUUAAAAAGGAUUAAGAAAAUGAGAAAGUUGAAUUUAUCACCAACAUAGUAAUUUUCAGAAAAUUACUUGCCCUGUUACUCCUAUAAGUAGAUUUGUGUAUAUGUAGCAAUUAGUAGAUACUUAGGUAAUGUUGUGGGAUGUAAGUUUGAUGCAGUCUGACUUGGUGUUGUUUUGUUCUUUGUUUUUUUCCCCCCUGGAAUACAGGACGGGACCAGGGCCCUUGUACUCGGAGCCAAGCUGCUCUCCAGGCAAUGUGUAAGCCUCUUGUGUUGUGCUCUCUUUCAGGUAGGAUAAUUGCGGACUGAACCCUCGGGCUGCGGUCAUAAAUGAGAACUUGCUCCGCGCGGUCCCUUUUGCCGGGAUGUUUCCAUUGCUUCAUGUUUCAGUAAACAAAGGAAUUUGUGACCAACUAUGUUUUCUUUCUUAAUUUAAUUCUUCUAAGUUGACUUUUCUUUCCUCUUGAUACUAGUGUCUGUAGCCUUUCAAUCUGUUCCUUAUUCUCAGCCUCUGAGCAGCCCUAGGUAAGGAUUAUGCUGGCAUCCCCUUUUUCCUGUACAGUGGAACCCCUCUUACCUUCCUUUUCCUUAGGAGUUGAACCCUUCUCCCUGCCUACCUGCAGCAUCUCCUUUCCCUUUAAAAUGACCAUGUAGUAGCAAGCAGCCUUUUCUCUGUUAAAUCUGGACUCUUAACAUUGAAGCUACUCUUUUGAAGUUGCUAGGACCAUUGGGGGUUUUGUUGUUUUGUUUUGUUUUUUGUCUGACCUGUGAUCGUGAUACAGCAUUAGCUGAAAUUUAGCCGUGUUUUCUCCGCUCCCCCCUUUUUUUUUUUUUUUGACAAAUAAACAUUUCUAACACUUA